AUGGUAACGCCAAACCGUUAUUUGUCCUCAGCCUUAGAAUUAAUCAAGGUAAAGCGCUUUGCGGAUAAUUGGUUACAAGAAAGCGAUGAGAUCGAGUGCAAUGAUCUUGUAGCGCUGGUAGAGGCACUCGACUGCUUGAAGAAGGACGCUCAGCAGAAACUGUCCAUUAGAAGAGCUAGCCAAGCGAGCAUACAAAUCCAAUCACGUCCGGCAGGCAUGGGUGGUGCUAAUCAAGGGGUGCGAAGAUCUUCUCGUCGCAUCGCGUCCGCUCCUCAAUCUACUUCAGCAGGCUCGUUGUUUGUCACUGAACACGAGACGGAGUCCGAAUCCAGUGACGAAGGACAUGAUACACCGGCACCAAUGCUCUAUGAGGAAAUUCAUGAUGAAUACACAAUGAGGAAUGCUGCUACAGAAGUCCUUUCGAAUGAUCCGAGAUUGGUAACCACUCAAAAUGGGAGCCAAACGCAAGAGAGUCUUCUUAUUGGGCAAGACCCAUCCUCUCCUAUGCUUUAUACAUCGAGGCUAGCUGGUGACAGCCCAGACGAGCGUAUAGAUGCACAGCCAGUGCGAGUCCUCAACGAAGUAUCGAAUUUCCAAGCUCAUCACGCAUCAAGUACCGCUGCCCCGGACCAAGUAUUUGGAAAUCCAGACUGUAUCGAAAGUCGGCGAGGCCUCGAAAUCCCACCUCAUAGUUUGGUCGGUCAGCCACACGACGCACUAGAUUCACCCAUCUAUGGAUAUGAAUUUCCAGAGGAUGCCACGGUAGAUUUACCCACGCCACAGUUUUUCAAUGAAGCAUUUGAGGGCUGGUCUCCAUAUGGCGAGGUGCAGAGAGACAUCGAAGGGGUCGCCGCGUACCCUGAAGAACAAGAUUCAACCAGUCAAAAUGGCACAGAAGACUUUGAAGACGACCCGACAGUUCAAAGCUAUGUAAAUCUCGCUUGUAGUUCGCGCUUUUGCCUUCCACAUAAACCUGCAGAGGAUUCAGAUUACGUCGACGCUCGAGCAAUCCUGUCACCCUUAGUGAAGGGGAGACCUCUUACAUCAACACUCCUGCAUGGUAUACUGUAUACGUUACUGCGCGGUCCGAUUCUUAUCAUUGAUUUCUGUUCUGAUGCGUUCGGUCCGGAGCCAGUGGAAGAAAGUACAUGCACCGAUUUCGUAGCAAUCGUACCCCGGGAUGAAGACACUUCGCCUCUGCUGGUGCUAGGGCUCGUGACCAGCAAAACACUGUUCAUUCUUGAUCGAAAAACAGCGGAUUUAUCAUCCCUUGGGAUUCCAUGGUUGAUACCUCGCCUAGAGACGCAAGUACAAACUAGUGAGGUCCCUGUACAAAAUCUGGAGAACUUUGAGCUUGAAGUGUUAGAGCAAGCACUUGGUGUAAAGCCUUCUGAAAUCAGUCGCGGACGUUGUCUGCGGAUUUUGCAAUGUGUGAACGAAAUUGGAUCUCCUCACAUUCUCGAAUCAUUGAAACUGGCCUGCACUAGGAAAGAUGGAAACCAAACAUAUCAAGCUACAGAGCAACCCAUUUUCGAUAAACUGUUUCGCAUCCAUAUUUACUUGGACAGGCAAGAAAGCCAAAGCCAUAUUCUCGUUGCCAGAAACCGAUAUAUCAAAUAUUGCUAUUUUGAGACAUAUCUGCGUGCAGUCAAAGCGUUGCAAGAGGAGAAGCAUAACAGUACCCAAGAGAGGCGAAGAGUCUUGGCCCGAAAACGGACGGCCAGCUUUAAACAGGGUAUCUCUCAGACACUGCCCCUCACGCCACAUACGGAAGAAAUCCAUCGAGUUUACGAAAAUCUCAGUCCAUUAGAGAGAAAAAGGCGGGCUCCUGAUAUGGUGAAAGACGAGAUUUUGAACAAGAUUGUGAAGGCAUGCGGCGGGAAUGAAAAGCGAAUUCGACGCAACAUUAACAAAUACAUCAAGGAGGGGAGAGUGUUGCACAAUAUACUGCACGGUAGAAGAUCUUUAGACCCAGGUUUGCUAAUUCUAUUUCCAAGCUUUGGGUGCGAUCUCCCGUCCUUGAGUAUGGCUAAAUUUGGAUUAGAGCUUGAAGAGCUUGAGGAGAAGGCUCUUAUAGAGGCAGCUUGGUUUAGCGAGGUGUUACAAGCUAGACCUGAGCUGCUAGAGCCGGUACCAAAGACUGUCCUUGAUCUCAUCUCGAAUACCCUAACCUACGAUCUUGAUCUCCAGGGCCGUGAUCCAGACAGCGACGAAAUGAAGACUGAACCUGGGAGCAAUACAAGCAACAAAGAUGCAUGGCCUUGUUUAGGUGCUAUCAGCAUUAACCUCCUGAACAUACUUGUAUUCUGGGAAAGUUCGUGGCUUUCAGCACACGAGUACCAUGCACUCCGUCAAGAUGGGCAUCAGGGAUGGCUCGUUCACGCCCGAGGCGAAGACCAGCUACUUAUUUCUUGGGAGCCGACAAUAGAGAAGAAGUCAAUUCAACUAUCACCUCAAGAUCUUCUCUAUGAGUUCUCUGUAGAAGUCCGAAAAGAUCGACCUGGUUUGCUUGGAUACGUCGCGACUAAGUCCUUACGUGUUUCUCCAGAUGCAGGUGUCCGUCGUCCGGCGUUUCUAGCAUACUGGAAAGUCGCCCGAAUGACCAAGGGACUCUUUUAUUAUUUACAGCAAGUUUAUUCAAGCCAUCGAGGCUACAUUAUACACGAGGAGUCAGGCAAAGUGUGGGUGCAGUGGGAACCUACAUGGGUGUUUGACGAAAACUUGAAUGAAAGUAAGAAAGAGCAGCUCUUGCAGAUAUCUCAUGAUCCUGAAGCCAUAUUGCAUCGCUUCCACAAGGCGAUUGUUCAUCAUUCCAUGCGCUCAGUAGUAGAAAGGCGGAUUACUAAGUGA